AUGCAGCUACAGCAUAUUAUUCCUUGCCUUUCAUUCUACUUGCCAGUGCAGCUCCAAGCCGUGCCAUUCACCCGGAAGAAGGCUGUCAGUAAAGAGCAACUUUACUGCACUGAUAGUGCUCAAAGAUUAACUAAAAUCUAUAACAUUGCUAAAGAAAUCUGCAGAAAAACACUUUCUAAAGAUCCCUGGCUGCCUACAAAUCCCUCCAUAAGCCACAUAAUUGCUGUGAUUAAGAAAAGGAAGUACGAUGAAGACUACAUUAAGUAUGGUUUCACUGUCAUGGAAAAAAAAGGAAUCGAUCAUCCUCAAUGCAUAGUAUGGCACGCAGUUCUCAGCAAUGAUGCCUUGAGACCUAGUUGUCUUGAGCAACACUUGACAAAGAACCACAGUGCUUUGAAAGACAAACCAAAAGAGUUUUUUGCUGCUAAACUUCAAAAUUUAAAAUGCAUGAAGCUGGACACUACUGGAACUUUUCAUCAAGCGUCAGCCAAAGUGGUAGAAGCAUCUUAUGAACUGUCGUUGCUCAUUGCUAAAGCCAAGGAAGUGCACAUGAUAGGAGAAACUCUUGUGAAGCCUUGCUUAUUGAAAGCAGCUGAUAUUGUGCUUGGUGCCAAAGGCAAGAAAAAAAUAUUAGAAAUUUCGCUUUCCGACAAUUCCAUGAAACGUCACAUCAAUGACAUGGUGAAAGAUCUAAAACUGUGAGUUGUGGAAGCAGUGAAAGCUUCCCCUUUUUUCGCAAUUCAGUACGACGAUACCACUGAUGUAGCACAAUGCUGUCAGUUGCUCGUCUAUUUUCGAUUCAUUAACGAUGGAACUGUGAAAGAAGAACUGCUUUUUUUGAAGGAAUUGACGACCACAUCAAAGGCUUCUGAUGUUAUGAAAAUAGUUUCCAACUUUUUUGAAGAAAAUGGACUUUCAUGGGAAAAACUGGUUGGUGUAUGCAUCGACGGUGCUCCAGCAAUGCUUGUCUCUCACUCUGGAUUUGUGACGCUGGUGAAAGAAAAAAAUCCUGCCAUAACUACGACUCAUUGCGUCAUACACAGACAAGCAUUGGCUGCUAAAACCCUUCCAGAUGACCUACGUGACUCGUUGAAUUUGGCCAUCAAAGUUGUCAAUUUUGUGAACAACAGCGCUUUAAAUACAAGUCUUUUUGCAGCUCUUUGCAUGGAUUUGGGAGCGGAUCAUAAUAUUCUUUUGUUUCACGUGGAGGUACGAUGGCUUUCCAAAGGGAACAUGCUUUCGAGAUUAUUCAGACUGAAAGACGAAGUGGAAAUUUUCCUCAAGCAACAGGAAAAGGAAGAGUUAUAUCGUGCAUUUACGGACCAAACAUUUCAACUUUCACUGGCAUACUUCGUGGACAUUUGUGAAUCUUUGAACAGUCUCAGUUUGAAGCUGUAAGGAAACAAUGCUGCAAACAUUAUAAUGCACCACGAUGCCAUCACAGAGUUUAUGGAAAAAAUCAAGCUUUGGAAAUGUUGAACGCAAGCUCAGAUGCCUAACUUUUUUUUGACUUUUCCAACAUUUUCAUCACUUGCUGAAAAUGACGGUUUCCAAGAACUUUGUAAAGAGGAUGCGAAGAACAAAACUGUGUUUCAUCUGGACUGCCUUGCUGACGAAUUCAUCUGCUAUUUUCCAGACAACUUUUCUGGCAACCCCAUUAAUAAAUUAGCACGUAAUCCGUUCAACGUUGAUGUUGAUUCAUUGCCAGAAGUAUUGUAAGAACAAGCAUUCGAAAUGAAAUACGAUUCAAGUGCGAAAGAUAUUUUCGAAAACUUAAGCCUGGAGGAAUUUUGGAUAAAAUAUUUCCCAAUUUACCCGAAAGUCGGAGAAGAAGCGCUACGUAUUAUUCUUCCAUUUUUGUUGACAUACCUCUGUGAAAAUAGCUUUUCAAGUUUAGUCAUAAUAAAAACGAAACAAAGGAAUCGACUGGAUGUUGAAAACUAUUUGCGUAGCGCACUUUCAUCCUUCAAACCUAGGAUUUCCCAACUCAUGAAGCAUCAUCCUUCACAUUAAA